AUGCCUGCGGACUACCAGUCCACCGCCCAGGCAUUGGCUCUCCCGAUAUCCUCAGAUUCUCCCUCUCCGGAUGACGAUGCCCAACCCCCUUGGACCCGUGCGCGCCGGUCCAGCGAACGAUCAGCCUCCUUCCGCGACCAGCUGAUCGCCCGUGGCACGGAGCUGUCCAAUCGCGUAUACGACCUGUGGAUGGGAAUGAGUCUGCUGCAGAAAGUAGGCACCGUCACGGCGGCGGUCGCAACUCUGACCUUGGGCAUUGUGUUCAUGGUCUUCACCGGCAAGCUGUUUAUCUGGCUCGGCCCGGUCGCGGAGAAGUGGGAGAAGUCCGCGCUGGUUGGCUUCAUCCUGUGGCUGUGUGUCUUUUUCGUCUCAUUCCCGCCUCUCGUCGGCUGGUCCACGUUUGGAACCGUGCUGGGGUUCAUCUUUGGGACGUGGAAGGGGUGGCUGAUUUACGCGUCCGCAUCCGUUCUUGGGUCGACCUGCUCGUUUGUCGUGUCGCGGACCAUCCUGUCCAAGUUUGUGAAUCGUAUGAUGGAGCGAGACACGCGGUUUGCCGCGCUGGCCCUGACACUGAAAUACGAUGGGCUCAAGCUUCUCUGCAUGAUCCGCCUGUGCCCGCUGCCCUACUCGAUCUGUAACGGGGCCGUCUCUACAUUCCCGACGGUGCAACCCCUGAUGUACGGGCUGGCCACCGCCAUCAUCACGCCCAAGCUGCUGGUCCCCACCUUCAUAGGCAGCCGGGUCCGGCUCCUCUCGGACAAGAACGAGGAGAUGAGUGCAGGCUCAAAGGCUAUCAACAUCUGCAGCAUCCUUGUCACAGUCUCCAUUGGGAUCUUUACAGGGUGGUAUAUAUAUCAAAGAACGCUCGCCCGCGCCAAGGAACUCGAAGCCAAGGAACGUGCCGAUAUUCGACAUUCCCUCGAAGCGGAUCAUGCCGCACACCGGCCUCAUGGCUCGUUUUCGGACGACUCAGAUGUCAACUCUGCCGCCAAAACACUUGCUCGGGAUGAGGAAGAACGCAUUGGGUUUGGUGACUUGGAUGAUGACCAUGUUGAUCUGGAGCUGGGUGAUGACAGCGAUAGCGACCGCCCGUCUAGGCAAUGGAAGACGAACCGGCGGUCGUACCAUGACGAGUUUACGGAUAAUGACUCGGAUGGGUAUGAAGGGACCUCGGGCGAGACGUAUGGCCUGCACCGACACAUUUCCGAUUAG